GAGAUCCUCGGAGCCGGAGAUGGAGCCGGGGACUCAGGGUUCUCGGAAAGGCGCCGCCCCUCGGGCGGGCCCCUGGUUCCGGCUGCCUUUCUUCCUCUCCUGGCUGUCGGGAGCGGGCGCUUCCAAGUUCCCGACGCCUGACCCCGAGAGCAGUGCGGACCCCACACUGCGCUGUUCUGCGCAGCCCGAGGCUCAGACCAGCGCCUGGACGAGGUUCCUUUCCCAGCUCCUCGCCCCGCUCCCCAGCUUGCUCCAGAAGCUGCUGAUGUGGGGCCAGCUUUUCGGUGGCUUGAUUCCGACCAGAUGGCUCGAUUUCGCCGGGGGCUGUAGCCUCCUGAGAGCCCUGAGGGGACGAGAGGAAGCGGGCGCCCCCACUGCGCAGAAAAAGUCCGUGAGUUUGCUGCCACCGGACCUUUCGGACAGCUCAGUCGCCAGCCCCUUUGAUUGGCUGGGGGAGGGGGUCCCCUGGCCGUGUGCGACCUCUGAUCUAGGGUUGGGGCUCAAAGCCAAGAGAAGGGCUUUGGACGCGUCAGCCCCUGCCUUUUUCCUGGGGCAGCAGCUGUGGGGCAUGGAGCUGUUGCCGAGCGGCCUGCAAACCCAUCUGUUCUGCAACCGGGAAGUUGGCUCCGAGCCCUCUGGGCCUCUCAACGUUCAGCGCUUAGGCGGUUUCAGCGUGGUUUCCUACCUGCUGCACCCUUCCUACCUGGAUUGCUUUUCGGGGCUAGAGCUCAGCUGUGAGAACGGCCCUGGAAGGGGCGGGGGCGAGCUAGUUGGUUUCCAGACGCAAACCCCAGAGAACAGCUGCCUUCCUGAGAACCGCUGUCAUUCGCAGCCUCUGCCUGCAGAGAUCUCUGCAGCCUCUUGGCAGGGAUAUCCACCUCUUUCCAGAGGAGGCCUCCCCGAAAUCCACCAUGUUCGUAUGAAACGGCUGGAAUUCCUUCAGCAGACUGGCAAGGGACAAGAAUUACCCACACCUGACCAAGACAAUGGCUACCACAGCCUGGAGGAGGAACACAGUCUUCUCCGGGUGGAUGUGAAACAUAGCGCAGAUACCCCACCACAGUCUGUUCCUCCUGCUGGAGCUGUGCCUGGAAGCAACCAGGAGCCAGGUGAGGAAAAAAGACAGUUGUUGACCGAGGAGGUUCCGCUUGCUCUGGAAAAACAAGGCCCUUUGGGAAGCGUUCCAUCUGUUGAGAUAGCUGCGGAAGAAGAGCCUGCGGAGGACCAAGUCAGUGUAGUUGAUUCCUCAGACAUAGAAGAUGACCUUCCCGUUUCUGCCAGACCAGCUUGUGGUAACAGACUGAUAGAUUAUAUUCUGGGAGGGGCAUCCAGCGACCUGGAAACAAGUUCUGAUUCGGAAGGUGAAGGUUGGGAUGAGGAAGAUGAGGAUGAUGGUUUUGAUAGUGAUGGCUCACUGUCAGAAUCCGACCUGGAACAAGACUCUGAAGGACUUCACCUUUGGAAUUCUUUCUACAGCGUAGAUCCUUAUAAUCCCCAAAACUUCACAGCAACAAUUCAGACUGCUCCCAGAAUUGUUCCUGGAGAACCUUCUGAUUCAGGGAAGGAUUUGUCUCCCAAUUCAGGUCUAGAGGAUUCUCCCCAGGCUGAAAUCUUUUCUGAGACCUCUGAUUCUAAUUCUGAGGAGGAAGAUGACUGGGAAUCCAGUGUAGAUGAGGCAGAGAGUCUCAAGCUGUGGAACUCUUUCUGUAAUUCUGAUGACCCGUACAACCUUUUAAAUUUUACGGCUCCCUUUCAAACAUCAGGAAAAGAUUUGAAAGACUGCCUUGACUCAAAAAGACCACCUGAGUCCUUGGUGGCCGUUUCUGAGUGUCACAGUGUACUUUCUUGUAAGUUGCAGCUGUUAGGGCGCCAAGAAGAAGAAUGUCCAAAUUUGCUACAGCAUGAGAUUGUAGAAAAACACACGCGUAUCAAAAGAAAAAAGGUAACUUUUGUUGAAGAAGUUACUGAGUAUUAUAUAAGUGGUGAUGAGGAUCGCAAAGGACCGUGGGAAGAAUUUGCAAGGGAUGCAUGCAGGUUCCGGAAACGAAUUCAAGAAACAGAAGAUGCUAUUGGAUAUUGCUUGACAUUUGAAUACAGAGAAAGAAUGUUUAAUAGACUUCAGAAAAUAUGCUUCAAAGAAUUUAAUGUUGUCCAGCAAUGUUGAAUCGAAAGCCUGUCACCCUAGCAUACACUACCUCUUUCUUGAGAGGUUUCUUUUGAAAGUGAAUAUUAGGGGCCGGAGAUGUAGCUCAACA